UAACUUCAGUCGCCGAUAGAGGCCGACACAUCAGGCACACGGAGUCUCGCCGGUGGUACAGCGGGUCGCGACCCUCCACUAAAAUAUCAUUGGCAUAAGCUACUCCAUUUCUAUAAAUUAAACGUGACUUCUUAAUUGCCAGUUUCAAGGAGAUAUCGAAAUAGGCGGUCACCUGGUCAAGGAAGGAAUGAUGACAUAGAAAUUUUACAAUUAAAUCAUUGUUUUGUCAUUAUCAACAAAUUAUUUAGGCAACAAUGGAGACUAACAACGUUCACCGGGCUCAAACGGAAAUACGACCUCCAGUUCCCGGCGUAGUAGGGCCUGAAGUGCCUGGGCCUGCACAGUUUCCACCCCGUCCUCCACUGAACCGAGCCGACUCCCGAUCAGCCUUUCCACCAGUUUCACUGAGACCUGCCGCUUCACCUCAGCCUCAACAAAGGCCUCAAUUUCAACCUGGUGGACCAGUCGCAGGUCCACCCCAGUUUGCUCCCAGGCCUGGUCCUCUACCUCCACGUGGUAUAGCGCCUCCUGGUCCUCAGCAAAUUCGAACUCAACAACCGCUGCGUCCUUCUGGUCCUCAAUCAUUUGCGCCUCAGCUGGGUCCUAGACCGAUUCAGUCACCUGCACCAGGUCAGCCAUCGCCAAGAGGCCUGCCACCUACUAAUCUACAGUUUGGCCCUAGACCUACACCACAGAUUGCCGGUGCCAUCACGCCCGACGGUACGAGGCCCCCACCACAAUUACCACAACAAUCGAAUAACGCCAUACCUAAAAACGGAAUAUUUCAGAACCCUGCUACUGGGCUACUUUCACGGCAGUCGUCUCAAGGUUCUUUAAAAGGCCUAGAUAUUUCAAACUCAAUUCAAAAUAAAACAGCAAAUCUGGAUAACCAAGGUAUAAUCACAAACCUAAAUGACAGUAAACCAGAAAAUGGCACAGAUACGCUGGGUCCGAAAGGAAGAAGUUACAGUAUUGCAGCAGCUCCCGGAGCGCCGAGCCCACUCAAGGUUGAAGAUGACCGGAGAAAAUCUGUCAGUUCUAUUGGAGGCACAUCACUGGACUAUGCCAGUCGAAGUCCCGGUCUUGGGCUAAUACAAGAAGGAAAGUUUGACAGUCAAGAAAAUGUACGUAGUUCAGUAGGCAACAUAAAACCUGGAUUAGCUAACGAUCCUAAAGAUAUGAUCGAGCGACCGGAGUCACGAAUGUCCGGAUCAAAAAUGACCGACUCAUUUAUUGGUUCACUACCGACUGCAAUACCGAAAAAGAAAUUAGAUGAUGACGAUGAUGUAGUUUUGCAAAACAAUUUAACACCUGCUAAAAAUGUUUCCGAAAAUAUUACAAAUCAGACCAGAACUGAUACAUUCGAUCGUUCUCCAUCUUUGACUCGCAGUGAUGAUUCACCAGAACUGAAGCAAAAGACUACCCCAAGCCCAGUAAUAUCCAAUAAAUCCCAAAGUGUUACUCCAGAACCACAGCGACCUAAGACACCAAAAGUGGAGACAAAACCAGAAGCACGAUUUGAACAAAACAGAGAAGCCAAACCAGUAGUAACACCGGCACCGAAAACUAAAUCUCCCGUUGUGGAUGCAAAGCCUCCUUUGGCUGUACACAAACCCACAGAACUAAAUAUGGCCUCACCAGACUCCAAAAAAUCUAUCACACCCAAAAGAAUAGCUUCUGCUUCUAAAUCACGUCCUAAAGAUGGUGACAACGACAGUGGUGUGGAUGAAUCUACCCAAGGAAAUGAUCCCAACGGAUCUCCUGGGUCUCCGAACAAGAAAAAUGCGAGCAAGUUACCCACAAAAGAAAAAUCAAGCAGCAGUCUUAAGCCAAGUCUUUCGCGGUCAUCUAGCAAAAGUGCGACGGCCAAAACUCCAGAAAACCCACAACCUACUGAAAAAAAGAAAAUACCUAUGAACAAGAUCCAAGUGGGAAAUGCUCCAUCGCCAAAUAUUAAAACAGUGAAAUCAAAGAUUGGAUCUUUGGACAACGCGACGUACAAGCCUGGCGGGGGUAAAGUCAAGAUAGAAAAUAGAAAGCUCGAAUUCAAAGCGGGUCCUAGAAUUGCUGCUAAGAAUGAAACUUAUACUCCAAGUGGUGGAACUAAGAAGAUUACAACUACAAAAUUGGAGUGGAACGCUAAAUCGAAGAUUGGAUCCCUAGAAAAUGCUGCGUACAAGCCAGGCGGUGGAGAUAAGAAAAUUGAAACUGUGAAACUGGACUUCAAGGAUAAAGCCAAGCCUAAGGUCGCAUCUACAGUAAACAUAACUCACAAACCUGGGGGCGGUGCCAUUAAGCCGACAGUUAUAGCUAAGAAAAGGACGAGAGGAAUCGAAAAUCAAAAAUUGGAAUUCAAAGCACACAGCAAAGUUGGAUCUAUGGACAACGUUAAACAUAAACCAGGAGGCGGCGUCAUUAAGAUCUUCGACGACAAGGAGUACAUCAAACAGAUGAGCGGGCAGUCGCCCUUGCCCGACAGCCACACCCACUCGCGGCAAGAGAGCCCUGUGCCGCCAGCUGCGCAGACACCGAAGUCCGAUGAAAAUUUGAAUCAGCAGCAGUGUUAAGAAGUCCAUUGUUGGAGAGUUCCAAUUCUUCUAAAAUACUAACUUUUAUAACCAACAGUUCAACAUUUUUGUACAUUUUUAACUUUGUUAUACUUAUAAUUUUUCACCUACCCAUUUUGAAUGAUUAAUGAUUAUGUUAAUUAUUGUCAGGGCUUUUUUGAUUUAUGAAUUCUUGAAUUGAAUUUGAACUUUUAUUAGAUGUCAAUAAUUUGUAACAUAUCUUAAUUUAGACAAUAUAUUUCAUGUUACAGUAUACCUGUUGUUAGACUGGUUGCGAAAUGUUAAGCGAAAGGAACCUUUCUAGUAACAGUCUUCUAAUUCUUGAUGUUGAUGCUAAUAAUCAUGAGUGCCAAUAGAUACAUUAUAUACCUACCUAAGUCUAAACCAAACCUAAAGUCGGUUUUUUAGUGUCCAUCAAAAUGUGACAAGCCUUGUUAUUUUGUGUAUUUGUUGUAUUGUAGCCAUAUUUUGCACUUACCUAUCACAAUUACCGCUUAGUCAAAUUAGCAGCACGUAGUUACAUGUUUUGUUGGGUUUCUACUCAAGUACUGCAAAUUCACGGUAUGUGUAAGAUAUGGUACCUAUUUUUAAGUGAUAUUAGUACCUAUAUUAUUAUAUCUGUAUUUUAUUGUGUGUAGGUUGCGGUUCAUGUUAUCUGUUAUCACUGGAUUUGUUCGUUUUUUAAACGUGAAGGAAGUAGAGUGUUAGAUAUAACUGCGCUAUUUUUUUUAUUUGCAAGUAUGUAGGUACAUGAGUAUUAUUUGGAGCGCGAGGAUAUUUGAGACUGGGUUCUUAACACAGCGACUACACCAAAAAAAGGAAAUGUUUAUGCAAUCAUCUAUAUGAAGGAGGGCUAACUCAAAACUGAAUUUAUGUAAGCUUUUAAUUACUGGUUGUGCUUAAUGUUGUAAAAUACACAUUUACAAGCUUUUCUCAAAUCGCUGUGAAAGGAAUACGCGGGGCCCCAAGAUUGACUGACCAGACUUUGUAACUAGCGUAAAAUGUUUUAUAAUUAUAAUUAUAUUCAUUAAAAUGUGAUUACUGAUUAGAUGUAGAUAGCGAGUAUAUAUAUCUAAAUUAUUACUUAAAUGAAACCGUUGUGACGCGAGUAUGCAUUAUGUUUUAUUUUAUGGCUUUUUGGUUAAUGCAUUUGAAUAAAUAUUAUACAUUUCAGUAAAUUAAUUAUUUGACAGGGGCAUACAGGAUGAUAUAUAAGAUCUGAGCAGGACCAACCCUACACACUCAUUAAAGGUUAAUGGAUCGUUCACCAUCGUUUUUAAGUGAAACAACCACACCUUUUCCUAUUUUUUACUUUAUGUUAAGUAAAGGUUUAAUUCUCUUCACGCUACAACGCCUAAUAAAGAUAAAACCUCUUUAACCAUUAUUACAGCACUUCGAUUAUAAACAAAGUAAAUUGUUACUCUUGACCGAGAUACAAUUUUUUUAAAGUAACCAGAUUCUGAUGACAGUCAAUCUGACAUAAAGCAAAGAGUAUCGGUAUUUGGCGGAAGUAUGUACAUAUUCCAAUUGUAGGCUGUAGGGGUGACGAAAAAUAAAGUUAAUCUUACUAAUACUGGUACGAAACAGUAGCUUAUCAUUAACUGAAUGCGUUGGGUUGAUCCUGCUCACCUCUCCUGCAAUCAUCUUGUAUACAGAUUUCCUGUUCUCUUAUCUUCGUCUCUUCUGUUCCCAAAUGCUAAGAAAAUUGGUGAUACCUACUUAGAUUAAAAUAUUAAAAUUUGUGGUCAUUUACAAAUUUUAAUAUUUCAAUCGAAAUCGGUUUUGAGUCAUCGAAAUACGUCACAAACAAAAGGAAGACUCCAUCUAGGUCCAUAAAUUUCGGGUACAAAAGAGACAAUUUUUGUUUUUCGGUCCGUGUAUUAUGAAUCAUUUCAUCAAUAAUAUACACGGGAUAUAAUUAUAUUAUUUUGUAGGUUAAUAUUUACCUACACAUAAAAUUCGAUCCAGAUUCCAGAUUUAGGAAACUUACAUUGCUAAUGUAGCAUUAAAGUUUUUCGAACUGUUGUUAUUUGUUUGUUAUUUCAUUCCGCAUGC